AUGCCUAAUAUAGCUGGUCUGACACUAGUCGAACUAUAUACGUCGGAGAAAAAAGGAAAUGAUGAUACAGGUGAUGGAACUAAAGAAAACCCUUUCAAAACUAUAUUACAAGCUAUGCGUCAUGCAGGCAAGGAACCCUUUCCUACAAUAUACGUUGAUGGUAAGGAAGAAGGGAUUGACUAUGAUGUUGCAGCAAAAUCACAGUUAAAAAAAAUUCAGAAAAUCUGGGUCAGAGAAAAUUAUAAAGCAGCUGAUAGGGCCAAAGCUGAUGAAGAUAGUAACGAAAAAAGGCAGCAAAAUUUGGAAGAAGCGAAAAAGAUUAUUUUAAAAGAAGAUCCUUCACUUCCGCCAGCAAAAGUAAUAAAGAUAUGUGAAGCUGCUGACCAUAGGGGGGAGCGCAUAUGUAUAAAAGGAUGGGUUCACCGUCUAAGAAGACAAGGCCGGGCACUCGCCUUCCUCACACUGCGUGAUGGCACCGGAUUUAUACAGUGCGUUUUACACGGUGCCCUAUGUCAGACAUACAAUGCACUUGUGCUAUCUACAGAAUCCUCGGUGAUUUUAUAUGGAAAACUUGAAGUUGUACCUGAAGGGAAAACUGCUCCCGGCGGCCACGAACUUACUGCCGAUUAUUGGGAACUAAUCGGCCUCGCCCCACCUGGGGGCGCCGACUCUAUAUUGAAUGAAGAAGCAUUACCCGAUGUGCAAUUAGACAACAGGCACAUAAUGAUCCGCGGCGAGAACACGUCGAAGGUGCUCCGCGCGCGGGCGGCCGUUACGCGCGCGUUCCGCGAGCACUUCGCGUCGCGCCGCUACACGGAGGUGACGCCGCCGACGCUGGUGCAGACGCAGUGCGAGGGCGGCAGCACCCUCUUCGAGUUCAGCUACUUCGGUGAGGAGGCGUAUCUGACGCAAAGCUCCCAGCUGUACCUGGAAACCUGUUUGCCAGCCCUGGGAGAUGUCUACUGCAUCGCUCAGUCUUACCGGGCAGAGCAAUCGCGCACCAGACGCCAUCUUGCCGAGUACAGUCACGUGGAGGCCGAGUGCCCGUUCAUCACAUUCGAAGAUCUGCUGAACAGGCUCGAGGACCUGGUGGUGGACGUCGUGGACAGGGUCCUGGCCUCGCCGGAAGGCCAUCUGGUCCAUGAGCUGAACCCCAACUUCAAGCGGCCUGAGAAACCCUUCAUGAGGAUGGCUUAUACCGAAGCCAUAGAGUAUCUCCGCAACAAUAACAUCACUAAAGAAGAUGGCUCCUUUUACGAAUUCGGAGAGGACAUCCCCGAGAUGCCGGAGCGCAAGAUGACGGACGCGAUCGGGCGGCCCAUCCUGCUGUGCAAGUUCCCCGCCGAGAUCAAGUCGUUCUACAUGGCGCGCUGCGCGGACGACCGGCGGCUGACCGAGUCCGUGGACGUGCUGAUGCCGGGCGUGGGCGAGAUCGUGGGCGGCUCCAUGAGGAUAUGGGACCACGAGGAGCUCUUGGAGGGAUACAAGCGCGAGGGCAUCGACCCCACACCGUACUACUGGUACACGGACCAGAGGAAGUUCGGUUCGGUGCCGCACGGCGGUUACGGCCUGGGCCUAGAGCGCUUCCUCUGCUGGCUGCUGGACAGAUACCACAUCAGGGAGGUGUGCCUCUACCCGCGCUUCCUGGAACGCUGCACGCCU